AAUCCAAUACCAACGACACUGUGCGACGUCAAUCCACACAACUAUACCACGUCAAUCCACACAACUAUACCACGCCAAUCCACAACUAUACCACGUCAAUCCACACAACUAUACCACCCCAAUCCACACAACUUUACCAAGCCAAUCCACAACUAUACCACUCCAAUCCACACAACUAUACCAUGCCAAUCCACACAACUAUACCACGCCAAUCCACAACUAUACCACGUCAAUCCACACAACUAUACCACGCCAAUCCACAACUAUACCACGUCAAUCCACACAACUAUACCACCCCAAUCCACACAACUUUACCAAGCCAAUCCACAACUAUACCACGCCAAUCCACACAACUAUACCACGCCAAUACACAACUAUACCACGCCAAUCCACAACUAUACCACGUCAAUCCACAACUAUACCACGUCAAUCCACACAACUAUACCACGCCAAUCCACACAACUAUACCAUGCCAAUCCACAACUAUACCACGCCAAUCCACAUAACUUUACCAAGCCAAUCCACACAACUAUACCAUGCCAAUCCACACAACUAUACCACGCCAAUCCACACAACUAUACCACGCCAAUCCACACAACUAUACCACGCCAAUCCACACAACUAUACCACGCCAAUCCACACAACUAUACCACUCCAAUCCACACAACUAUACCACGCCAAUCCACACAACUAUACCACGCCAAUCCACACAACUAUACCACGCCAAUCCACACAACUAUACCACGCCAAUCCACACAACUAUACCACGUCAAUUCACACAACUUUACCAAGCCAAUCCACACAACUUUACCAAGCCAAUCCACACAACUUUACCAAGCCAAUCCACACAACUACACCAUGCCAAUCCACACCACUUUAACAUGCCAAUCAACACCGAUGUACCACGUCAAUCCACACAACUAUACCACGCCAAUCCACACACUAUACCACGCCAAUCCACACAACUAUACCACGUCAAUCCACACAACUAUACCACGUCAAUCCACACAACUAUACCACGUCAAUCCACAUAACUUUACCACGCCAAUCCACACAACUAUACCAUGCCAAUCCACACAACUAUACCACACCAAUCCACACAACUAUACCACGCCAAUCCACACAACUAUACCACGCACAACUUUACCAUGCCAAUCCACACAACUAUACCAUGCCAAUCCACAACUAUACCACGCCAAUCCACACAACUUUACCACGCCAAUCCACACAACUAUACCACGCCAAUCCACAACUAUACCACGUCAAUCCACACAACUAUACCACGCCAAUCCACACAACUAUACCACGCCAAUCCACACAACUAUACCAUGCCAAUCCACAACUAUACCACGUCAAUCCACACAACUAUACCACGCCAAUCCACACAACUAUACCAAUCCAAUCCACACAACUAUACCACGCCAAUCCACACAACUAUACCAUGCCAAUCCACAACUAUACCACGCCAAUCCACACAACUAUACCACGCCAAUCCACACAACUAUACCACUCCAAUCCACACAACUAUACCACGUCAAUCCACACAACUAUACCACGCCAAUCCACACAACUUUACCACGCCAAUCCACACAACUAUACCACGCCAAUCCACACAACUAUACCAUGCCAAUCCACAACUAUACCACGCCAAUCCACAUAACUUUACCACGCCAAUCCACACAACUAUACCACGCCAAUCCACAACUAUACCACGCCAAUCCACAACUAUACCACACCAAUCCACACAACUUUACCACGCCAAUCAACACAACUUUACCACGCCAAUCAACACAACUUUACCACGCCAAUCAACACCAAUGUACCACGACAAUCCACAACGUUGGGAGCCAAUCAAGCAGCUGGGCCUCUAUAGGGUUCUUUGCUAGAUAUUUAUUUGGUGUAGUACAUACAAUCUAA